AUGGCCUCCAAGCGAUCGCGGCAAGCCUUUGAAGCCGAUCUCCAAAAACAGUCCUCACCUUUCGUUCUGUACGGGACGCCCUUGCCUCCUCUAGAUGAAAAUGUCCGAGAUGAUGGGUCUUUUGUGCCAGUGUGGAAGCAGGAAGUCACAGAUGAAAGAGGGCGGAAACGCUUGCACGGCGCCUUCACAGGAGGCUUCAGCGCCGGAUACUUCAAUACCGUAGGGUCUAAAGAAGGCUGGUCUCCUUCUUCCUUUGUCUCUUCUAGACAGAACCGUGCAAAGGCUGCGCAGAAUGUGCCACAGCAAAGGCCAGAGGAUUUCAUGGAUGAGGAAGAUCUUCGUGAGGCAGAAGAAUUGCGCACACUGAAUACCUCGUCAGAAUUUGCAGGAUUUGGCACGGAGCACGAUGCUAUGCGAAAAACUGCUGCUAUUGACAUUUUUCGACCACUGGAUGAGACUAUUGGCUCAAAAUUGCUCAAGCGAAUGGGCUGGAGGGAAGGUCAAGGCAUUGGCCCUCGAGUUCGGCGAGCAGCAAAAGCUGGCGAGAAUGAUGAGGAGGACGACAAUGACGAUCAGCCGGCGCAGACACAUCUUUUUGCACCAGACGAUGUCCAGCUGGUAUCAUACACGCGGAAGACAGACCGUAAAGGCCUGGGAUAUGACGGAGAGUUGCAGGGCCAAGACCUGCCAGCAACUCGAAGCAUCACAACGAUGAAUCCCCGACCUGGGUCCGCCGACCAACCUUCCGAGGAGGAGGGAACUGCACCGCUGUUCGGUCUCAAGAAGAAGCCAGGGCGUGCAAGGAAAAGAACGGGAUUUGGUGUUGGAGUCCUGAAUGACGAUGGCUCUGAUGAUGAAGACCCGUACUCUAUGGGCCCUAAGAUAUCAUAUCACAAGGUUAUUGGGGGUGAAAAGAUGCCAAAGUCAAAAUCAAAGAGUACAGGAAGCGCUGCAAACCCUCUGGUGAAGACCAAACCCGCAUUUAUUUCCAGAAAACUGGCAACCUUGAAGGCAGUUCUGAGAAAAUGUCAUGAUGGCCGGUUGCCGCUCGACGGGUUUGUUCUGACGGAUGAACUCGAUUCUCUGGGCUCAAUGACUAUACAGGAUGAGAAAUACAAACCACCUGAGGUUCCUGAAGGCUGGAAGUCAUCCAUUUCGCCGGAGACGGAACCAGACACUGCCUCCACAUUUGUCUCGACAGCAGAGGCAGCCAAAUCAUCUAAUCUCACCGCCAAAUCCCGUGCAUCGCUUUUGGGAGAAUCACUACUUCCGGGAAAGUCGGUGUUUGACUUUUUAACACCUGCCGCUCGUGAUCGCAUGGCAGCUGCAUCAGGUCGCCAAAACCUUCCUGCAGCUGGGAGCGAACCACCUCCAGACAGUCAUCAGCCGUCCGAAUCGAAAACAAAGGAGUUACGGACUAUGGUACCCCACCUUGACCAAGAUGUAGCGCUUCAGGCACUGAGUCGUGCGGCUGGUGGUUGGAUGCCAUAUGCAGAGGAUGAACACAAGAGAUUGAGAUAUCGAACUUAUCUCGAGAUUCAAGCUGGUCUCAGGGCAGCCGAUGAGGUGCCUCCUCGCGCCGAGAAGAUGAGGCAGGAGGACUGGAUUCUGGAGAUGCAAGAGUUCACACGAGCGGCGGAGGUGUUUAAGCCUAUCAGCGGCCUGAUGGCCACGCGCUUCACGACUUCAUCAUCUUCUCCGACAGGUGAAGAUGGCAAAUCGGGCGACUUGACCACUGACUCGUUGCUGACCAAGCCAAAGGCGAAGCCCGAAGAUCCUGCAGAAUCGGCUGCCAAGUUAGGGAUGUUUGGUCCCAUGACUAGGUCUAUCGUCAACUUCUACCCUACCAGGCUGCUCUGUAAAAGAUUCAAUGUACCGAUGCCGACUCACGCAGGCUCUGGAGAAGGUAGGGAUGGAGGUGGAACCGCCUCAACCUCUGGCGAGCCUAGCUUCGCAGUGCCGCAGUUUCGGUCCUUCGCAUCUGCAGGAUUCCAACAUGAGGAAGGAUCCGAAGUGAGCCAAAGCCAAGCCGAAAAUCGAAUGGAUCAACCGUCGAUUCCAGCAAUGGUACAGAAUCAGCCUGCUCCGCUCGACCCAGACAGAAACGAGGCCCUCGAGCAGGAAAGACCCGGGCAAGCCGUAUUCAAAGCCAUUUUUGGCAGCGAUGAUGAAGACGAUUAG